GCUGUCAGGUGACCGCGCGCGGUUCAUGGCGGUGAGGUGUUUUUUUUGGCUUAGGCCCGUGGCGAGUUCUGAGGCGAGUUUUUGAAAAAAAAUUACUUUUUUUUAAAUAAAUAGGAAAAAAAAACCCCAAGAAGCGGUGAAGAUUUCGCGGGUAACAACAACCACAGGAACUCGGUGCCCGGGCAUUUGGAGGCUGCGUUAAUAUCCCGCCUGGCGAAGGCAGAGCAGAACAGAGCAGAGCGCGCCGUCAGCCCCCACCCCCACCCCAACUCGACUCGAAGGGAAGGGAGUCGAACGAGAGCCGGGAGGAGGAGGAGGAGGAGGAGGAGGCGGUCGAGGGAAUUCACAGAGGGUCGGGAAAGGUGAGAAUAUGAAAGAGGUGUCAACAUGACGUCAAGAUAUGGGAAAACCUACAGCAGGAAGGGAGGCAAUAGCAACUCAAAGUUUGAUGAGGUGUUCUCUGGUAAACGAGCUAAAAUAAGCACAAAAUGGGGAGAAACCACCUUUAAGGCUCAGGUGGGCCAGAAGAGACCCAAUUUGAAACCAGAACCAGUGGAGCCACCAAAGCGGCAGAAAGUUGAGGAAGAAUUGUCAGAGGACCCUUUUGGGUUUGACAGUGAUGAUGAAUCACUCCCUGUCUCAUCGCGGAAUAUCACCCCAUCAAAGGGCCAGCAAUCUGUGGAGACUUUGAAAUCAACAGAUGCGGAUAAUGUAACCGCUCCGCUAGAGGCCAACAGUCAAAUUAACCGGCCAAACAGUGGUGAUGCUAUUGUGUCUAGCAAGCUUGCAUCCUUGGAUGCUGCAGUCCAGCAGAGGAGUACAAACAGAAAUUUGAAUGUGUUUUCUGAUGAUGGAGGAAUAAAAGUCCCUGGCACGAAAUUGAACACUAUAGAAGUGAAGCACCAAGAUCCAAUAAGAGAAGAGAUUACGAAGAACAGUUUUUCUAAGAACAAGAAUACAACUAAUAAUGAAAAGAAAUCAAGUGUACCCAUUGCUGUACUGUCUGAGUUUAAAACUGAUAUCAAGAAUACGUGUGACAGUUGGGAUGAGAUCAUGAAGAGCUCAGGGUCACUCUCUGAUUCCCCUCAGGUGGAAUUCAAGCCAUGGGUUGGUGGAUUGGGCCGUAAAACCUGUAUUAAAGAUGAGAGCUUGGAUAGCGGAGAGGGCAAGAUGGGAGUGGCUGCCCGGAAUCUUGAAGAGAAAGAACCAAACAAAGAAGAGAUUUAUGGGAAGGGCAAUGAUCUCAGCUUAAAGGAUGAGGAUAUAGAGAAUGACUCUCAGCCCAUUAGGUCGAACUGCAGGACAUAUUGUAGGUCUAAUAAAGGAAAACAGUCACCAGGAAGUGCUGGAAUGUCAUCUGUAGAUAAACUAGUUGAUGGUCCUGCAAAAUCCUCACAAACUGACCUCGUAUUGGGUAAAGAAAGUCUGAAAUCAGACACCAAAUUCUCAUCAGGUACACCAGGGAAGACUUCCACAUCUCGGACUGCAAGAGACACCAUCACAUUACCCUCAUCAUACUUAUCACCUUGCAACGUCACACUUCAGGACACCACAGACCGGAGCAUGGACGAGUUCACCACAAGCCCAGCAGAUCUGGGAGAGGCAGGCCGGCUGAGAAAAAAAACAGAAACUGCAUCAGGCAAAACUACUGUUAGGUUCCGACCAACCAUGUCCAAAUCCAAGAAAGAUGCAAAGCUGGAGUUUUUUGGUUUUGAUGAACAGGAUGAGCAGGAGGGGAUUGAAGGUUCAUUCGGAGCCAACUAUAAAAUCAAGUAUUUUGGCUUUGAUGAUCUAAGUGAAAGCUCCGAUGAGGAUGAGGAUUCUCAUUCGGAGGGUAAACCCAAGAAAAAAGCUGGAAACCGAACGGGUGAAACUCAGUCAGUCUUCUCAAGUUCUGAAUCAACUGAAGAGUCCCAAGGAAGCCAGACACUCUCUCAAAGCAGCUCUGCUUCAGAUGUGCUGGAGUUUAGCGAAGAGUCUUAUCCUACGCUUCCCGAUGUUGGUAGGAAACAAGUAAACAAACAGGAAAAAGCCAAGGAGAAUACCAGAAAAAUCUUUCAUGGACCUAAACGGAAUAUCUACCGGUGCAGGAUAAUCAACGAUGUGGGAAGGAUUCCGACACAGAAAGAACAAAGAAGAUCCUACAAGUCUCCUACUAAAGCUGUAUAUAAUGCCAGACACUGGAAUCAGCCUGAACCAGAAGAGCUUCCACCAGCACCACCAUUGUCACACACUGCACCAGGGAGUGCAAUAAGUAAACAGCCACUGUCACAGUCUCGGACAGCACAGGCCAAUGUUGCCUUAAAGGAGACGGAUCAGAAAGAUGAAGGUGUCUUCAAAGCUCCUCCACCUCCACCACGUGUAAUCAAGACAGUGACAAUACCAACCCAACCAUACCAGGACAUCGUAACUGCACUGAAAUGUAGGAAGGAGGACAAAGAGUUAUACACUGUGGUUCAGCAUGUGAAGCACUUCAAUGAUGUUGUGGAAUUUGGAGAAAACCAAGAGUUUACAGAUGAUAUUGAGUAUUUACUCAGUGGACUGAAGAGCACUCAGCCUCUCAACACGCGCUGCCUUAGUAUUAUCAGCCUGGCCACCAAGUGUGCCAUGCCCAGUUUCCGAAUGCACCUGAGAGCUCAUGGAAUGGUAGCCAUGGUCUUCAAGACACUGGAUGAUGCACAAAGGAUUCAGAAUCUAGCGCUUUGCACAGCAGCACUAAUGUAUAUCUUGAGCCGGGAUCGACUGAACAUGGAUCUGGAUAGAGCCAGUCUCGACUUGAUGAUUCGACUGCUGGAGAUGGAGCAGGAUCCCUGCUCACGUCAGCUGAAUGAGAAAGAAAUGAACAAGAUCAAGGAGAAAAUCCGCAAACUCUGUGAAACUGUUCACAACCGUCACCUAGACUUGGAGAACAUUACAAUUGGGCACUUGGCUAUGGAGACUCUACUUUCCCUCACGUCCAAGCGAUCGGGGGACUGGUUUAAGGAGGAGCUGAGGCUCUUAGGAGGACUAGAUCACGUUGUGGAUAAAGUGAAAGAAUGUGUGGAACAAUUGGAUCGGCAUGAAGAAGAUGAUAAAUUGGUUGCAUCAUUGUGGGGUGCAGAGCGCUGUUUACGGGUGUUGGAGAGUGUAACUGUUCACAAUCCAGAAAACCAGGGUUAUCUUAUAGCAUACAAAGAUUCACAACUCAUUAUCUCUUCUGCAAGAGCAUUGCGGCAUUGUGAACAGUUGAUCACAAGAUAUAACCGAGCAGACACCUUUUGCAAAACAAAUAGCAAUUGUCUCCCAAAGAUCACUGCCUCCAACCAUAUAGGUAAAGCAGUAGAGGACUGCAUGAGAGCAAUCUUUGGGGUCUUGCUCAACUUGACUAAUGACAACGAAUGGGGCAGUACAAAGACUGGUGAACAGGAUUCUCUAAUCAGUACAACAAUGAACUGUGUGCUUCAAGUGCCACAAUACAUACCUCAGGAACAAAGAUUUGAUAUUCGAGUGCUGGGUCUGGGCCUGCUGAUUAAUCUGGUGGAACACAGUGCCCGCAAUAGGCAUUGCUUAGUUGACAUGGAAACCCCUGGCUCCUUCGACUCAUUUUGUGCUGCGGACGGAGAUGAUAGUUUGCAGGUGGAAGGGCAAGUUGGUGCCAUCCAAGCUUUAGUCCAGCUGUUCCUUCAGCGGGAACGAGCAGCCCGGUUAGCGGAGACAGAGACUGAUGAUUUUAUUAAAGACACACCAGUGCCACCUCAGGACCAGAGUGGUCAAUGGCAGGAGACCGCUGGAUCUCUGGAAUGGGUGCAGUCAGAAAACAUCACCAAGACUGAGGGUGAAAAUGAAAAGAAGGAGGAGGAGGAUGAAGAAAUUGAUCUAAAUAAAGCCCUGCAGCACGCUGGGAAGCACAUGGAGGACUGCAUCGUGGCCUCAUACACUGCACUGCUUUUGGGCUGCCUCUGCCAAGAGAGUCCAUUGAAUGUCACUACUGUGAGGGAACAUUUACCUGAAGGAGACUUUUCCAUUAUGACUGAGAUGUUGAAGAAGUUUUUGAGUUUCAUGAAUCUUACAUGUGCUGUGGGAACGACAGGACAGAAAUCCAUCUCUCGAGUGAUUGAAUACUUAGAUCAUUGCUAGAGGAUACUGAGCUUCUGCUGCAAACCGGCUGUGUUUCGUGCUCUGUACCUGAGAGUAACCGAUUUUCACCAAUGUACCUGAGCAAGACUUACCCCACCCCAUAUUGAAAGGAAUGCAUCAUGGGCAAUUCCCCUCUCUGCUUUAUCAAUUAGUGACUUUGCUACUGAUGAUGACCAUAGCUCCUGUGCAAUCUGAGUAGGAAGUUACAACUGGGAUUCUUUUAUCUAAAUGAGGAGAGCGAAUCUGGCUGGGUAGAAUGGGCCGAGCCAUAUCUGAGGAUAAAUGUGUGCUUUAGUUUUUAAGAUUAGUAUAAACUAAGUGUAUAGACCUAAUUAUUCCAUACCCAUGCAAGAUAAAUUUGUGAAUUGCCCCAGCAUCAGUCUGUUUAUAUUUGGAGUUUUAUUCUACAUGGGUCAAAGAUCACAGCAUUGAAUUAAAUGUUCACAUGCUGCCUGACUAUAUCUGCAAUAUUUUUUUUACUGAUGGUAAUCAUCAUUAAGGAAAAUAUAUUUAACAAACAUAUAUUUUGAAAUAGCUGUAACUGGGUAUGGAAUAGGCGAUCAUUGCACCAAACUCUUUCUGGAUAUGAUGACCUCAAAUUAAUGUAGACACUUUGUGUACGAUAAUCAUUGGUCACAUAAAUGAGCAGUUGUGGUGCCUUCGCAACCGAUUUUACCAGGUUUUGAACAAGUCACGCAGUCUAAUUUCCUUCAGAUAGCAGUUAAUUUCAUAGCUGAUAAUCAUUCAUUUUAAUACAGACUAACUGGGAUAUGGGUUUCAAGCCAGUGUUCCAUAUAUACAAGUUACAUAAUGGGAAUAAUUAUUACAAAAACUUUGAAUUGUUUUGUUUUAAUUCUCCUAGUCUAUUUACCUUGUAUUAACCUGAAUGAAUGAGCUAUGCCUCACAAUGAAUAGAUUUGGGACUGUUGCAUCAUCACCUGCAAAUAGAUGAAAUCUUGAUACCUAAAAAAGCGAUCUACAUCAUAAUUGAAUUAAGUUGUCUACUUCGAAACAAAAAGGAAGGUUUUGCACUGGCUAGAUUAACUAUAUCAGGGUGAACAACGAUUUUACAGACAACAAAGAUAUCCAUAGUAUGUACUUUAAUCCUCCAAAACUGAAUUCAUUAUGCCUCUUAUUUUGACUUUGUUUCUUUGUGAAGGAAGUAAAUUGCAAAUUCAAGAAUCUUAAUGAGUUGAGGUGCAUCUGCAUUUUAGUUGCAAACUGUUUGAUCUAACCAGUAGGAGGCUUGUAUGUUAGAGGACUCGUCAUGAUUAAUCUGCAUUUAAAAAAUUGCAUCUUUCAGUUUAAUGAAUAGGGACCGAUAAAUAGCCAUAAAUGUAAUUUAAAAUGUCUUAAAAGUUCUGACAUAGUG